UGCUUUCAAGAUAAGAGAAGGCAUAUAUUUCUGGACAAAGCUGUAGUAUAACCCUGAUUGUACAGAAAAUAAAAUCACGUCUGCUUGAAUCUCCCCUAUCACAGCUGGCAGUCAUGGCAUUUGAUGGCACCUGGAAAGUGGAGAAGAGUGAAAACUAUGAGAAGUUUAUGGAAGUAAUGGGUAUUAAUUUAGUGAAGAGAAAGCUAGGAGCUCAUGACAAUCUGAAGCUCACAAUCCAACAAGAAGGAAACAAAUUCAUAAUCAAGGAGUCCAGCAACUUCCGUACCAUAGAAAUAGUGUUCAAUCUGGGAGAGACCUUUGACUAUAGCUUGGCAGAUGGAACUGAACUUCAGGGCAACUGGGACGUGAAAGAUGGGAAACUGGUUGGGACAUUCAAACGCAAAGAUAAUGGGAAGGAACUUUUAGCACUGAGAGAAAUUGUAGGAGAUGAAAUGAUACAGACAUACACCUAUGAAGGAGUUGCAGCUAAGAGAUUCUUCAAGAAAGCAUGAAAAACAGUCAGACGAAUGGCUGUCCUUUGUUUAUAGAAAGAGUAGUUUUCCCACCAAGUGCAGAGUAACUGAGUUCUACUUUUGUCCAUGUGCCAUAACAAUUCAGAUGUAUUUAUCUUUCACACCUCUAUCUGCUUAAAUAAAUGGCGUUGCUAAGGCUACAAGUAAUAUUUACUGUUUUAUAAAUGGAGAGGAAAAUAAA